AGUUCCCUCAGGCAGAACCCGUUCGUUACGCUAAGAUUAGAUAGACAAAUUUCAUACGAAUUCCGAAUUUAAAUUAUUGUGAAACGUCGGUGAGGUCCCCUUUCCCGCGCCUCUCAGAAAUCCAAGAUUACCCUAAUAACAACCAAGCAAACUACCAUAUAACCUUUUUGUUUACUUUAACAGAAAUACAAAAUCUUAACGGACACUAAAAACCAUAUUUAAGAGAAAAAAAAAGAAAAUCAAUAUUUAAACUGCGUAUUCCACAAUUCGAACAGCUAGUGUUGUUACAUUGUCAACUAUUUAAUUACGCUGUCGAUACAAUUUAAUUUACAUCAUUAUAUAACAAUAAAUAUUAAACGAAUUUUGACCUACCUAAUUAAUUUUGACCUACUAAAUCGUGUGUUAGAUUAGGCUAUGCAAAACCCAGAAUCGAUAAAAGAACCCGAUUUCACAUUUUAUAUAAAAAAAACUAUAUCUUAAAAAAACCUUUAUUAAUACUUCUAUUCUAUGUAUCAAAAUAUGGUAAUAACAUUUAAAAUUUGGUAGGUACCUAGAAAAACAAAUACUUUUUCCACUUUUUUCACACACUAACAUUUUAUUAUUGAAGUAUCGACACUAUCGAUAAAUUCACUGUCGCAACUAGACCGAUUAGAUUUUGUUUUUUCAUUCUUGUCUCGGAUUUUGCGAAGAUAUCCAUCCUUUUUUUUGUCGUUGUUUUAGUGAUAAUUUUCAACGACUACUUUUAACAAUUUAUCAUCGCACUCGAUUUUUCCAUCAUGUCAAAUGCAAUAGCUAUUUCGCCGGGCCCCGACUACAAUCCAAUCACGUUCGUAUAUGUGAUCACUGGCAUAUUUUCCAUGAUAAUUUCAAUAGGGCUAUUUCUUGUACCCAGAGGAGAAAAUCAAGCACUUAUUCGUAUAAUUAUUGCGGAGACAGCUUUUUGCAUGUGGAUAUCAUGGAUGACUGUCUAUAGCUCACAAAUGCACCCGGUUUCCGGCGUGUCUUAUAAAAAUACAACCCUGACUUGGUCGAGCUACGCCUGGGGGAACGCUUAUGGGAUUGACACUGUCAAGAUUGUGGUCACUACUUCUCCGUUCACAACAACAACAACUACAUCCACAACGACGACGACAACAACAUCUACUACCACAACGACAACUACUACAACAAGCACAACGACGACUACCACCACCACGACUACUACAACAACGACCACAACUACAUCAACUACAACAACAACAACUAGUACUACCACUACUAGAACUACAACUACAAGUACGAUAUACAAUUUUCCGUACCGUUUCAGAACACAACCAGGCCCUUCCACUUUUAUAUACGGUCAUCAAGAAGGAAAGAUAUUUCUAUUGCCUUCCUUUACUCACGGCAGUACAUCGUUCGUACAUACUUUCGAAUUUGAUGUAAAAUCAAAUUGCUCCGUGACUCUUACCUUCCGUCGUCACGACGAUAUAUAUAAUAGGGGCGGCGAUUAUAUUGUAGUGUUUUUGACAACAAGUCAUAUGGAUUGCCGUCACGUAACAAGACCUACGACUGUUUCCAAUUUGUGGAACAAACAAAGUGGUUACGUUGCUGGUAGCGCCAUAAAACAUUAUGAAACCAGAAAAUUCAAGGUACAAUUAGGUGCCUUCACUUCAGGGUUCAAAAGUUAUACAACAAUAAUAGUGGACGUGACAGGCGUGCGACAGCUUAGAUGUCAUAAUGACUAUGUAUAUGCCUCUAGGGUCGCUUUUGCUACGCUCCAAAAUCAAAACUGUGACACAGUAUGGACUAUCUAUAAUGGACUUGUCAUUGACACAGAAUACAAAAACAUCACAUAUUAUGGUCUACGUGAGAAGGAACGUGAAUUAGGAUUUGAAGAGAAAACACGAUCAUAUACUGAUACAGUAAAUAUAACUGGUCUGUACAAUUACUACGCUCUCACAGACGAGCCUAUUAAUAUUGCUGUGUUCUUGGGCAAACACGUGUGGAGAGAGUUUUUUAUCUUGCUGUGCUCGGACUACAAGAAAUGUAAACCUAAUAUUUUGAUACAUAUCGGUGAAUAUUGGGGCAAGUAUUGCAGUAUAUCCAAAGACGGGAAAGUCGUAGUGAUCGUGAAAUGUAAUUUGCAGUGGCAGAGGAACGCCUACCUUCAGUUUUGGAUUUGGUUUAAAGAUGGGAAAAUAUCCGUCAAAUCGGGAUAUGAUAGACCAGAUCUUUAUGGCGUGUUUCUGUCGUGGAAUGACCCCAAUCUUUUUAAAGUGAACCUUUUUGCCUUGCGCACAGUCAUAGCUGAAGAAAUCCCCAUGAUUGUGCAUCACAAGAAAGUGGAACCAUGAUAUGUUAUUUGAAUACUAAAAGUUCCUUUUUAUCUUAUUACUCUGUUAGUUUUUAGAUGUAGAAUUGAUUUUUGUUUUCAUUGAAUGGGGUAGUCGACAAGUUCAGAAAAUUGUACAAAAUAUGAAUAAUUUUGAUAAAAUAGAUAUAUAUUUAUUAUCAUUAUAAAGACUGUG